GUCAUGGCAAAACUCCUAAAGAUGCAGCCUCUGUACGGGCCACCCACCCCAUCCCAGCAGCCUGCGGGGUCUACUACUUCGAGGUGAAGAUCAUCAGCAAAGGCCGAGAUGGGUACAUGGGCAUCGGCCUCUCAGCUCAGGGUGUAAACAUGAACAGACUCCCUGGUUGGGACAAGCACUCAUACGGUUACCACGGAGACGACGGCCACUCCUUCUGCUCAUCUGGCACCGGGCAACCCUACGGACCCACGUUUACAACGGGCGACGUGAUUGGCUGCUGCGUUAACCUCAUCAACAACACCUGCUUCUACACAAAGAACGGCCACAGCUUAGGUAAGGAGCGCCCAACGCACGACCUCCCCAGGGUAGAUUUGAGUGGACCU